AUGGUUUUGCUUUAUUUUAUCCUAUCUUUCUUAUCUCAAGCUUGCCAAAUAAAAAAGCACUUCACAGAAUGCGCAAAUGGGAAAAUGAGCGUUGUUUUUUAUGCAGAAAAUGACUGUAAUGAGACUGCUCCAGACCCUAUUCAUGGUUUGCCUUGUGACAUAAUAUGCGAUCCAGGGCAGGUACUGGACAUUAAAAAUAAUGAUUUAAUUUGUACUGACUGCCCUGAAGGAACUUAUAGCUUAGGAGGUGGAAUAUGAAUUGGAGAAGGCGGAAUACCUUGAACUGAUUAUGUAAGAAAUGCAGACUCUACAUGUUUUGCAUAUUGAAAAGGCAAAGAAUACAUUAAUGAAGACUGUAUAUCAUGGACGCCGUACUAUGACUCGUUUUUAAAGACAGGUCUUUCUAAUAUAUUAGGACCUUAUAGGACAGAAUUCAAAAUGCCUGUGCAUUUUGUAAAAAACGGAGAAGUUUCGUAUAAGUACAAAAAGAUGACAAGAAUUUAUAAAGGGAGUAAUAAUGGAGCUUUAGCAUUCAGCACAGGGAUAAAGCAGUUGUAUUCUGAUAGCGAGAUAGAUGCAAUUACAUGGAAAUAUAAAAAUUUCACAAUAGCAAAAGGAAAUCAUUUGUUAUACAAUUGAUAAAAAUUUCUAUCAAUUUAAUUAAGCCUUAAACCAAGUUUUCUAAUAAAAUUAAUAGUUUCCUAUAGAAUAUUAAGGUUUCCCUUUAUAAUAAAGUAUAAACUUCACAUACACCGCGAAUUUAGCUGGAGAAGACAUCGAUAUAAGAGCUUUUAUUCUCUACAUAAAAAUCAUCGGAACAGACUAUGCAUCUUACGAAUGCUUGCCAUGCCCUUUUGGGUCCAGCUCCAAAGGCUCAAGCUCAUGUGAUGUCUGCCCAAAAGACACCUAUCUUGAAAACAGAAUCUGUAAGCCCUGCCCAGACGGCACAUACUCUUACCAAGGCUCAAUCGGAAUAGGAUCCUGCAUUGAUAGACUCCCAUGCACAGAAAAUGACUAUAAAAUGCACUAUUCUAAAUGCGAAAAUAAUAAAAGGCGAAAAUUUUACCAAUGAAAAGAGCCUAUGAUUUGUGACAAAAAAUCAGGUAUUUCUUUACCAGCCGGAGAACCAGGGCUUAGCUGUGAAGUCUGCAGCUCUGGAUUUUACCAUGCUUUAGUCCCUCAUACAGAAACUACUGUAUGUACCCCAUGCCCUCCAGGGACUUAUUUAGUAGAGACAGAGUAUGACCAUAUUUGCCACCAAUGCCCAAGUGGCACACAUUCGCUUAAUACAAUAGAAAUGAAGGACUGGUAUGAGUUUCCAAGCGAUUUUGAGACUGAUUGCUCUACUUAUAGAGGGUAUCACUGCAAAUUUGUGUCAGGUUGGCAAGCGAAUUCUGGAUAUCUGACCACUGGGAUUGUAGAUCCUGAGGAGGAGCUAGGAUUGACAAGGAAGAUGAGCUUGGUUAAGGAUGGGUCGUUAAAAUUUGAAUAUGAAAUCCUUUAUGCAAUGACAGGGAGGCUGUUUUUGUAUAUUGAUGGAAAAGAGAUACAGGUUUAUACAGAAAAAGGAAGGCAUUGAAGUACCAUAGCACUAACUGCUGGCCAACAUGUAGCAAGAUGAAUCUAUAAAAUUGGCGCAGAAAAUGAAGAAGUUAGGAUCUAUACAAUUAGUAUUGAAGGAUCACUAGAAGGAGGAGCUUCUAAAUGUGUAUCAUGUGACAAAGAGCUUGUCAGUGGCCCUGGAAGUGCUUUUUGCCGCCGAUGUCUUCCUGGCUACGCUCCUAACAGUGAGAACUCAGAAUGUGUUGUCUGCAAGCCCAAUUAUUUUUCAUAUGAUGGCAAAAAAUGUGUAGAGUGCCCUCAAAAUACCAGAUCAAGCUCAGACCGCGCUUCAUGCGUCGGAAUCGGGUAUAUUAGUUUAGGCGAAGGCAGCUACCACAUUGAAAAUUUAAUCGAAAACUCUGGAGACCAUGAACUUUUAGUAUACACUCAUCAGUCCUUUUGGGGCCCAAUUGAAGUCCCUCAUUCAACCCAAAACUUUUAUAUCUCUGUCCUCAAUGCUUCAGAAUUUUAUUUGCCUGAAUUUGAAUACUUAUACCAAAAAAGCUUAGGAUAUGCAUUUUCUUUAAUAGACCCUCCACUGGCAAACACCAAAGAGAAUUUAUGCCAAAAUCAGCUGAUUGUGAAUAUGGGGAGGACAAUGGACGAGAUUUUAGAACUUCCUAAUGGUUUUGUAGUGAAUUAUAGAAAUGGUGAUAAAUGUGACAAUAAAAAUAAUUAUUCACUGCAGAUCAAUUUUAUCUGUGAUAAAAAGAUAAGUAAAGGCUGGCCUCAGCUUAAAAAAAUCGAUAAAUGCAAGCAUGAGUUUGAAUGGAAAACAAGAAAUGCUUGUAAGCUGUGCAACCUGGAAAAUAUUCAAACAACAAGAGGGCACUGCACCAAUGGGUAUAGAGAAAUCUGGCAUACUGAAGGAGAAAAAUGCAUUUUCUUCAGAAAUGAGCCGCCUGUCAGAGAGAGAUGCAGCUUGGAUUCAGAAGUGUCUUACACAUACCCAGUUUUAAUAGGAUCAAUCAUAAUUAUCCUGCUGAUUAUGAUCAUUUGCUUACUAUUUGUAUUUUAUUCAAGAGAAAAAAACAGAUACCAUGCAAUUUCUCGAGAAUCUGCUCGAAAUUAA